UUUUCAAAGCCAAAAACGCUUUCAUUUCUUCUCUUAUCAACUCAACUCUCAUUUCUCUUUAAAAAUGAGAUGAGAGCCCACCACUACUGACUACUCUUCACCACCAGUAGCCAUGACUCUCCAGCCACAGCAAACUCACCACCGCUACUCCACGUGCCACCGCCACCCCACCACCAAGCCCAUCACUGGCUUUUGCGCCACGUGUCUCUGCGAACGACUCUCCAGCAUCGAUUCCUCCGCCACCGCCACUCCCACCUCCUCUACAAGUCCUCGCCUCCGCCGUACCAAAUCUUACUCCUCCUCCGACCCAAAUGCAGCCUCCGCCUUCGGCUCAGCCUCCGAGCCCCGCCGCAAAUCCUGCGACGUUGGGCCCCGCAAUACACUCUUCAACCUCUUCCAUGUAGACGACCAAUUUAAAAACAAGAAAAUCUACGGCCCCACGAGCGUGGGACCCGCGUUAAAAGAAGAAGAAGAAGGGGAAGAGAUUAAAGUUUGUGAUGCGUUGAGUGAAGAUGAAAAUGAAGGCGAGCUCAAGUCAAUGAAGGAGUUCAUAGAUCUCGAGCUUGAACGCAAGAAGAGUCACGUGAGUGGUUUUUGGGAGACGGCUUCAGUUUUUAGUAAGAAGUUACUAAAAUGGAAGCAGAAACAACUGCAACGAAAGAACAAGAAACAGAGCACUGAAGAAGACAAUAAUAAUAAUAAUAAGGGCACUGAGAGGCCAACAGCAGAGACAGAAACUCAGUCCGAAAUUGGGUUGUACGGAUAUUUCGGAAGAAGAUCUUGCGACACUGAUCCGAGAUUAUCGGUUGAUAAUAAUGUGAGGUACUCGUUUGAGGAGCCCAGAGCCUCUUGGGAUGGUUAUUUGAUAGGCAAAGCUUAUCCGAGAUUAAUAACGCCAAUGGCGGUUGUUGAGGAGAAGGGUAGUUCGGGGAACGAGGGAGAUAAGGAUAGUCCGGGUGGAUCUGAGCAGACUAGAGAUUAUUAUGGAGAGUCUUUGAAUAUACAUAGGCGAAGGAGGAGUUUUGAUAGAUGUAAUUCGGGUAAAAGAACGAGCUUUGUUGAUGUUGAUGAGGUUAAAUCAAUAUCAAAUGCCAAGGUGUCUCCUGAAACUGUUGGUUUGUUUCACGGGGCCAAGUUGUUGGUUACUGAGAAAGAGUUGAGGGAUUCCAAUUGGUAUUCGAUUAAAGAUUACCGGGCAGAGUGUGUUGAAUCUGAUUCGAAGAAUGUUGGUUAUGUAGAUGGAGGGGUUGGUCAAAAGGGGUUUAAUUUUAAGAACUCGUUGAGGCGGCGCAAUGUGUGGAAUAUGUGGGGUUUAAUACAGAAGAGAAGUGAAAGUAAAUGUGGAGAUGAAGGGAAUGUGCAUCGUGUGGUUGAUGGAGCAUUAGCUGAGUCAUGGCAAAAGAUUAAAAGAGUCGCGAAUGGAGAACCAAAUGGGACUGUUAGUGAGAAGCUUAUUCGGAGUUAUAGUGUUAGUGCUAGGAACUCUUUGACAGUGGAUGGUGUUGAAGCUAAAGAUAAUGGUGGGAGGAGAAGAGAUGAAAUUCUGCUGCAGAGGAACCGAAGUAGUGCGUUUUCUCCUAACAACCUUGAUAAUGGCUUAUUAAGGUUCUACUUGACACCAGUGAGGAGUUACAGGAGAAGCAAAUCUGGAAGAAAUAGGGUAAAGAAUUCGCAAUCUAUGACUAUGAAUGGCUUGUAAAGGUGCAUCAGUUGUUCUUCAAUGGAAUAUUUUGUUGUUGUAAAGAUAUGCGUCUGCGUAUUUCUCUUUGUUCUAUAGAUAAAAAAGCACAUCAUAUUAUCUCCCUUUUUGUGUUUAACAUGUUCCUUAAUAAGUAAUGACAAUGCAGUUCAA